AUGGCCCAGAAACUACAGUUCUUUCUUCUCCUCAUUGCUCUCUGCUCCAUAUCUGAAUGUGUUCAGCGUCAGUAUCACUUUAUUAAUGAGAUGAAGACCUGGACUGAAGCUCAGAGAUACUGCAGAGAGAAAUACACAGAUCUGGCCACUGUUGACAGCAUGAAUGACACAACUGAGCUAAUGAAAAUUGUAAAUAAUGUACGUCUCUGGAUUGGUCUUGAGAGGAAAUGGCAGUGGUCUUCAGGUGAUCCUGUGCUCUUUUUGAAUUGGGGAGAUAAACAACCUGACGGCAAAGAUGAGUGUGCUUUUAUGAGAAAUGGAGAGUGGCAUGAUUGGCCAUGCAACAAAGACUGUUUUUUUGUCUGCUACAACAGGAGCAGAGGACUGGUGUUUGUUAAUGAGAGGAAGAACUGGACAGAUGCUCAGAGUCACUGCAGACUGCAUUACACCGAUCUGGUCAGUGUGAGGAACCAGAAUGAGAAUCAACAGCUGGAGAAGUUCAUUAAUGACAGUCCGAAACCUGAACCAGGAUCUGAUGUCUGGAUCGGUCUGUUCAGAGACUCGUGGCAGUGGUCAGAUCAGAGCAACUACUCAUUCAGUAAUUGGAAACUUGGUGAACCAAAUAAUGUUGGAGAUCAUGAAAACUGUACAGCAGUUGAAAAGGAUGCCCAGGGACAAUGGAUAGACAUUUCUUGUGACCACCAGCUUCCUUUUGUGUGUCAUGAAGAUAAACUGAUUGUGAUCCAGCAGAAUCUGUCGUGGUCUGAAGCUCUGAGAUACUGCAGACAGAAUCAUGUGGAUCUGGUCUCGGUUCAGUCAGUGGAGAUGCAGUAUGAGGUGAUGAGCGAUGUUAAAAAGGCGUCUACUGAGGCGGUGUGGUUGGGUUUGCGUUUCUCCCACAUUUUGGGCAUCUGGUUCUGGGUGAGUGGAGAAACCGUGUGCUAUCAGAACUGGGCUCCAGGGAACGGCACAUCAGAGGAGAACUGUGAGGCCACAGUGAGAUCUGGAGCAGUUCAGUCUGGAGGAGAUCAGACCUGGAUCAGCCGUCCUGAAACUCACAAACUCAACUUCAUCUGCAGCAAAUAUUAGU